CGGCAACCGCGCUGUUGUCAAGACAAUCAGUUGCCUAGCAACAUCGCGCACUUCCUGAAAGAGCCGUGAGCUUUACUUUUUCACUCUUGUUUAUCUAAAAGUUUCGCAUUUGAGACAUAAGCGAGGUGAGAGAGAGGCGACCGAGAGCUGCUGUCGAAGAGUGACAAAAGUGGAUGUAACCUGCCUACAGUUACACCUGUAUAAAUACUGAAUGGAGGACUUUCUCUGACACUUCAGCAGAAAGUCACAUGAAGAAGUCUGUGAGGAAAAACAACCCUCAGCUCCUCACAUUAAGGCAGAGAAAACAUCAGCCAUGUCCGUCUCCGCCAUCAGGAGCUGGUGGAACUCCUGCCAGUUGGACAAAUCGGACAUCAAUGACUCCAACUCAGAGGAAGACGAGGAGGAUUCAGCAGGGAAGAGGCUGUUAUCUAGAAACCUGAAUCAGACCCUGCGGACCAGGCAGCUGCUCAUAGACUUUGAUGCUGGACGACCUGUUUUGAGUCUCAGGGCCCCGCUGGACCUGGUUAACCUCUCCUCCCUCUCCCGGCCCCGUUGGCCCAUAGAGUGCGAGGUCAUCAGUGACAUAAUCCAUCACAUAGAGUGGGACCCCACAGAGCCGGAGCCUUUCUACCAGCCCACAGGACAUGAGAGGAAACCCCUGCCAGCUGGAGAGGAGAGGGGCAAAGUGGUGUACUGCAUCGACCAUGCCACUAAGCGUCCGUAUUUCACCUGUUCCCGUGUCGGAGGAAGCAAGGGGCCCAUUAAGAGCGCUACGCAUGAUGCCAAUCAGACGGACUUCACCCUGGAGUUUGAGUCACGCUUUGAGAGUGGGAACCUGCAGAAGGCUGUGCAAAUCGGCAUCUACGACUAUGAGCUCACCCUGCGCACAGACAUGUACACCAAAAAGCACACGCAGUGGUUUUACUUCAGGGUCGGGAACAUGAAGGCUGGAGUGACCUACCGCUUCACUGUCAUCAACUUCAUGAAGAGCAGCAGUCUGUAUUCUCAGGGCAUGAAACCACUCCUCUAUUCUGAGAGGGAGGCCAUGGAGAAAGGUGUCGGAUGGCAACGCACCGGCUCCAACAUCAAAUACUUUCGCAACUUCAGUCAGAACACAAAGGACGACAACAGUGACACAAUCACCCUGUACUCGCUCACCUGGACUCUCCAGUUCCCUCACGACUCAGACACCUGCUUCCUGGCCCACUGCUACCCCUACACCUAUUCACACCUGCAGUGCUACCUGAGGCGCAUUACCUCCAACCCAGCAGUGGCGUCAUACUGUACACUGCGGGUGCUGUGCCACAGCCUGGCUGGAAACGCCGUGUACGUGGUGACAGUAACGUCUCGCGGGGUCGGCAGGGUGGAGGGCCGGGCCAAGAAGGCUGUGGUGGUGACGGCCAGAGUCCACCCUGGAGAGACCAACAGCUCCUGGAUGAUGGAGGGCUUCCUUGACUUCCUGCUCGGGGACUCGGAGGAUGCUCAGCUACUCCGGGACACUUUUGUUUUUAAGGUGGUGCCGAUGCUGAAUCCUGAUGGUGUGAUCGUGGGCAAUUACCGCUGCUCUCUGGCAGGCAGGGACCUCAAUAGAUAUUACAAGACAUUGCUCAGGGAAUCGUUUCCGUGUGUGUGGCAUACUCGCAACAUGGUGGAAAGGAUGGUGGCUGAGAUGGAUGUGAUUCUUUACUGUGACUUUCAUGGCCACAACCGUAAAAACAACGUCUUCAUGUACGGUUGUAACAACCGAGGUGAUACGUCACUGAAGCUUCACGAGAGAGUCUUUCCACUGAUGCUGAGCAAGAAUGCCAGUGACAAGUUCUCUUUUAAGAGCUGUAAGUUCCGGGUGCAGAAGAGCAAAGAGGGAACAGGUCGAAUCGCCAUGUGGAGACUCGGUGUCCAGAACAGCUACACUAUGGAGGCCACCUUUGGAGGCUCCACUCUGGGCGACAGGAGAGGAACACAUUUUACCACUCGCGACCUGAAGUCCAUCGGCUUUCACUUUUGUGACACCCUGUUGGACUACUGUGACCCCGAUCCAACCAAGACAGCUUACUGUCUCACAGAGCUGGCAGCGUUGUUAAGAAAGCAGGUCAGAGAGAGGCUGGGCAAAGAUUUGGGGCCUGACUUCUCUGUGUCUGACCUGGAAACCAGCACCAGCGGCUCAAAUAGUUCAGAUUCUGACGGACUCCCAGUUCAUUUACUGGAGCAGCCACAAACUGCCCAUCCAGAGCUAACCCCGGUGAAGAAAAAAAAAAAGAAACGCCUGAGGAGUCAGAGAGAGAGGAACAGACUGCGACGAGAGAGAACGAAGAAUAACACACAGACAAAAGUCCUGCAAAGCACCAUCAAAAACAUUGAGUCCAACCUGCCCCAUGAGAACACAGUAAAAGAGAUCAUCCAAGAGAGGCCCAUUGGAAGACACAGGAAAAAAUGGCAGGUAAAUGGUCUCCUAAGAACAGCUGUGAUCCCUCCUCUCUCCACUCACCCUAAGGAGGCCAGUCAGGUGACUCUGUGGCAGGGCGGCAAGCCUGUCAAGGACAACUCUCUGGUAAAUGUUAGAGCGACGUACCUGCAUCACAGGACGAAAGCAGGUCCACAUCUCUGCACAUACACAGCUGUCACACCUCACACAGAUGACCCAAAGAUGGAUGCAGGACAGUGGAGAUGCUCCCCUCAGCUGCUGCACCUGAGUGCUGUCCAUACACCUUCACCCAAAUACUCACACCAUCCCAGCCCCCCACAGUCCUUCGUCUCCUACAAAGUCGAUGGAGGGCUGCCACACUUCCUUACGGGGUACCGCAGGUCUCCUUCAUCCACUUACGUUGUUCCAACAAAGCGACUGCUGUCCAGUUUCAACACUAACCAAUUCAACGACCGGCAUUUUUUUAGAGACAGAAACUCUUUACAGGGCUCAGAACGUUGCUUUGUGUCGGAGGAUUCCUCGCACGCUGGCACAAACGAGACCCAACAGCAGAAUAUGGAACAGGAGGAAAAUUUCUCACAAGUGGGGUUGUCACCGCUGAGAUCCAUACCAUUCGGAGACCAGAACCUGAGAGAUCUUAUCCCGGAAACUAAAUCACCCAGCAGCUUAUUUGUGCCUGUGCUGAGGGGAACAGACCUCCGAGGAAAACAAUUAUUCAAAGAGACUUUGAGAGAUAAAAGUCACAUGGAUGUUGUAUCUCCUGCAUCAAAGCCUUCAGACCUCACGAAGAUGGAACUUCCACAGCCACAGAGCGCCAUCCCCGCUAGGCUUCAAGCGAAGUACGUCGGGCGCAAUGGCUCAGGAAGGGAAAGCCAAACAAUUACAGCGCCACAAGAGGCAACUGUCAGAAGAUCGCCACAGUCUGCUCCACUGUAGGGCACAACAUUCACAAUCUGGGAAAUACAGAUUGACAUUGUUCCCUCGAUACUCAGGCCAGUGAUGUGACUCUCUUCUGCUCAGUGAAGAGGAAUAUGACUUUUACUAAAGCUUUCACACACAUGCUGAGCUAAAAUGACACAGAUAUGAUUUGUUUCCAACUUGUGUCUUAUAAAUAAAUGUGAACUCUUUUUAAUGUAA